AACAGGAGUUAGCAAUAGCGUCGACGUUCGUUCGAGAGAUCACGAUAUGUAACAACAAAAAGCUGCUUACUUUGCUUUACAUAACAUAUCCAUCUCAAUUUCUACAUAUUCUUUCCGUAAUUUAGUUAGUCUCUUCUCUUGUUUACUCAGACCGAAAUGUGUCUCGGCUUCUCCUACCUCCCAAGCUUUCAUCUCUCUAGAUGUCUAUAUAUUUAACCUCACGUAUAUAUGAAUUCGAUAUUCUAUGGUAUAUUCCAAAUACAAUAAUCAAUCGUAGAUGUCUACUUUUAUAGCAAAGAGUCUCGGAUCCCUUGUCUCUAUUGUAGCAAGAUUUUUCUCUUUCCGACGCCGUCCUAAGUCUAACCCAAGACCCACCACACAUAUCAGCUACUUCAGGAUGUCUAAGAAACGCCCACUUUCUUUGCAGACGGUUGAUCUCAAGGUCAGGAUGUGUUGCACUGGUUGUGUCAGGAUCGUUAGGAAGGCAAUCUCAAAACUCCGAGGAGUUGAUUCAGUAGAGGUGGAGAGAGAGAUGGGAAGAGUGAGAGUGGUGGGAUAUGUCGAUAGAAACAAAGUGCUCAAAGCCGUGAGACGAGCCGGGAAGAGAGCUGAGUUUUGGCCAUACCCUGAGCCUCCACUUUACUUCACAUCCACUCAAAACUAUUUCGUUGAUCCCUCAAAAGAGUUUAAAGAGAGUUAUAACUAUUACAGACAUGGUUAUAAUGGUACGGAACAACAUGGUAAUAUCCCUGUAGGUAGUCGUGGAGACGACAGGGUUAGUAAUAUGUUUAAUGACGAUAACGUCAAUGCAUGCCGUGUCAUGUAGCUGUUUCUAAACGACUGAAAACU